AUGACGAUCCCGGGUCUUUGGGAGAAAUUGGGCGAGUACGGCGUUACAGAUGAACGUGUACCAUUGAGAGUGUUCACUCGGAGAUUUCUUGAGGAGAACAAACGCCAUAUUAGAUUGGGAAUUGAUGUUUACCAAUGGAUUUUUGAGUUGACCCAGGUUCCCUCACAAUACAAAGGGGACAAUGUAACAAUUAGCGACGAAAGGGUAUUACUCAAUUUCAUAUCGAGAGUGCGAGAGUUGAUACGAUUGCAUGUUUCUUUUGUUUUUGUAUUUGAUGGGCCAUACAAAGUCCACAAACGACGAUGGGGUGAAGGGGACGUUGUUGACGACGAUUAUUACUUGGAAUAUUUUCAGACUAACCUCGAAAUACAACAGAGCGAUCCCAGUUCAGCAUCCGGUGGAGGGCUUAUAGCCUUGCUCAAAAAGAUGCUGGAUUUUUGGAAUAUCAGCUAUGUCCAGGCAGCAGGAGAAGCCGAGAUCGAACUGGCUCGUUUGAAUGAUUGUGGGAUCAUUGACGCACUAGUUAGCAAUGAUGCUGAUGGGUUUGUUCAUGGAGCCCAAUUAAUAUUAAAGAAUUUCAGUCGCUGGAUGGCUGAUGCUCCUGUCACACAAACAUUUACAGACAAACAGGAGCCGGAAAUUUAUGUUACACCAUGCCGAAUGUCUAAGAUAUACGAGCUUCUAGGGCUCGACAGGGAACGACUAGUGUUCCUAGCGUGUUUAAAUGGAAGUGAUUUCAGUCAAGGUGUGCCAGGAUUGGGAAUCACCAGAAGUAUCUCUUUAGCACAGGUCGGAAGCAAAAUACCUGGAGAAACAGACUUUUCACACGAAUUAUCGAAAAUAUACUUAUCAGAGGGAGAAGAGCGACUGAUGGGAAUAGUUCCUUACAAAAAAGAAGAGAGAGAAGUAAAAUUGAACUGGCUCAAUGAUAUCGUUCAAAAAGCCGUUCUGAAAAACGCUAAGCAGUACUUUGGAAAGAACUUCAACGGAACCAUCAACUUUCCUCCUGAUUACUACUUCAUGUUACAUUUCUAUCCGUUUUUGAGCUCCGAAGCAUACGCAUUCAAGAGAUUCGAAACCAAUUGUGUGGAUACAGAAGUGCCGACGAUUCGUCUGUCCUCUCUUCCUCAGCCAAACUCGAUUGUGCUAUCGGAUAAUCAGGUUUGGCUACAACGGAGAGGAUCUUUCAAAACAGUCUUCAGCCCGGGUGAGAUUAUUUACGACAAGCUCAUUGGAGACGCAGACAGCAUGGAAUGGUUCCAAAAACCAAAGUUCCCGGAAUUGACCACCCUACGGCUACCGUUGCAAAGAAGUGCACGUGAAUUUUUUGUCGAGCAUCUGAGCGAUUGCUACAUGCUACGCAUAAUCUACAACUUGCCAAAAUUCAAAGGCAACGAUAUCUUUAUCAACAUGUACAAGGAAGCACAGUUCCCGUUGAAACGUCGCGCCGACGAGGAAUACAUUCCGAUAUGGACCGAAGAGCAGUAUCAAGUGAAAUACAACAAGGAACUGAUUUUCGGGCCUUAUUUCGGGGCGGUCGAGAUGUUUGAUGAGAAUUACAAUAAGAUCGAUUUUUCACAGCAGAAGCCGGACUUCACAUGGGUUCCUAGACAUUUGCUGGAACUAUCUCCGUUUGGGAAGAGCCUCAUAGAAGACUACGAAAUUCGCUCGAGAGAGAAGAAAUCCCCUCGAAAGUCUCCGAGGAAAUCGCCUAAGAAAUCACCUAAGCGUCAACUGUCUACCCUGGACAACUUACUUCGUUCGCCAAUCAAGCGGAAACUUGUUCCAGAUAGUGAGACGCUCGGAACGAUUUCUCCAGAAAAGCACAAACCAGAUCUCGCGUUUGUACCCUCAGAGUCCGACGAGGACAUUCUGGAGUCGCCUACAAAACGGAGAAACCACCCAAACGUCAACUUGUCAGGGCUCCGGACGUCUUUAUUCAAAAGUCCGAAGCCCCAAAAAGAUACUUCUGUAAUCGAUCUGACCACUCCUCCGGAGAAACAGCCUGUCGCGCAGACUGCAACACCAAAGAAACUGACAGUGUUAUCACUCGACACGUCUGAUGAAGAGACCGACAAGCUAGAAGACGAAAUCGACGCUUUUUUCAAAAAAUAA